AUGCGCUGCUUCUCUACUCUCUCUUCUGCCGCCCUUGUCCUUCUAGCUGCUGCUCAAACAGCGCUCGCCACGCCCCAGCCUCUCCCGCUGGACAGCCUCACACUCCACUUGCGGAGCAAGACCGACGGCGAGCCCGACAUCGUCCCGCAGUGUGCGACGACAUGCAACCAGCUGCAGGACACACUGCUCAACACCACGUCGCCCGCCGCUCUCUGCUCGCAAUCGGUGAUGAGCAUGUUUGAGACGUGCUUCGACUGCGAGGUCGGCGCGGGGCGCGGCCACGGCGGACAGCCUCCAGUCACAGAAUUCGUCGCGGCGUGCAACCUCGCGAAGCUACCCGUGAAAAACUUCACUGUGAAGGGGUCGAAGAAGAACGGGGCACCACAGGGCGCGCAGGUGCCGGCCAUGAUGCUGGCGGUGUCGGGCGUCCUUGCGGCGGGAUUGGGCGUCGCUGGCGUGUUAUUCUAA